AUGGUCCAGAGUCCGUUGCUGCUCGGGAUCCUCUGCCUCGCGGUGUUCUAUGUCGUCGGACUAUCUCUCUAUCGCAUCUAUCUCUCACCCGUCGCACACGUACCGGGCCCGUGGCUGGCGAAGGCGACGUAUUGGUAUGAAUUCUACUACGAUGUCGUCCAACAAGGGCAGUAUACGUUCAAGAUCAAGCAGCUCCAUGAGCAAUACGGCCCCAUUGUACGCAUCAAUCCCGAGGAAGUGCAUGUUGCCGAUGCAGACUUCUACGAUGUCAUCUACGCCGGGUCAUCCCAGAGACGAGACAAAUGGGCGUGGUUUUGCCAGCAGUUUGGCAUUCCAGACUCGGCCUUCGCCACUGUCAAGCACGAACAUCACCGGCUGCGUCGCCAGGCCCUCAAUCCUUUCUUCUCUAAAGCCAAGGUUCGCAGCUUGCAGCCUCUCAUCGAGGAGGUCGCGCACACGCUGCUGGCGCGAUUCGAAGACUUUCGACAGCAGGGUCAACCCUUGACUGUGUCUCUCGCGUUCGCCGCACUCACCAACGACAUUGCAGAGCAGUAUGCUCUGGGGCGCAACGACAAUCGAGUCUCGGCGAAGGAUUUCGAUCCCAGUUUCCACGACGCCUCUGUGGCGGGCGCCAGAAUGGGCCACCUGACGAAGCAGUUUCCCAUCAUCUUCACCAUUAUGCAAGCCCUCCCCGACUCGGUGGCGGUGAUGAUGGAUCCAAACAUGGCCUCCUACGUCAAGCUGCAAAGGGACAUCAAAAGCCAGAUUGAGCUGAUCCAGAACAAUCGGGAUGGAGAGAUGUACAAGGGGACUCCGCAUCAUACCAUCUUCCACGAAAUCCUCAACAGUGACCUGCCUGCGCCGGAGAAGUCUUCCAGUCGGCUCUGGCAAGAUGGACAGGUCACCAUCAUUGCAGGCACCCUGACCACUGCUUCGGCCUUGUCGUACACUCUGUUCUGCCUUCUCACCCAGCCAGAGAUCCUCCGACGACUGAAGCUGGAAUUGAAAGAUGCCAUCCGGGAUCCAGCACAUCUCCCGCCAUUGGCUGUCAUUGAACAACUCCCAUACCUUUCAGCCUGCAUCAAGGAAGGUCUGCGCCUCAGCAACGGAGUCAGUUGUCGGUUGCAACGCAUCGAUCCCGACAACCCGAUCGUCUUCACGGAUCGACUGAGGGCCAAGGGCAAACAAUAUCUGCUCCCACCUGGGACACCAUUGUCCAUGACGGGAAUGCUCAUCCAUGUCGACCCUGCCUAUUUCCCGGACCCGUUUGUCUUCAAUCCUGAUCGAUGGCUCAACAACCCCGGCCUGGAUAAGUAUUUGGUUCCUUUCUCUCGCGGAACUAGGCAAUGUAUCGGCAUGAACUUGGCUUACGCAGAGAUCUAUGUCACCUUGGCCCUGGUCCUCCGCAGCUACGGCAGUCCAGAGGUCAGCUUGGACGAUGACAAGGGCUAUCUGGAGCUGUAUGACACGGAAUGGCACCGAGACCUUGAGAUUGUCGGUGAUGGAGUCACUCCAUUGAACCGGCCGGAGAGCAAGGGAGUGAGGAUCCUGGUCAGGUGA